AUGAUAAGUGUUCAUAAAAUCUUCUUGAUAUUUGUGGUCCUCUGCUCGUUAGGGGAGUUGGUACUGUCAGCACCACAGCCGGUUUUCUACAACAUCGAAGAUGCGGGCAAUCUGUUCCAAGAAUUCAUGGUAAACUUCAACAAGCAAUACGCUACACUAGAAGAGAAACAGAGAAGACUACAAGUUUUUACUAAAAACUUGGAGAUCAUCAACAGGAAAAAUGCCGACGAAAAUGAAUCUGCUGUUUUUGGCGUUAAUCAAUUUUCGGAUCUCUCGGAUGAAGAAUUUAAAGCUAUUUAUUUGAACUAUUUGCCUUCUGAAAAGUCGCCAUGCUCACAAAUAAGUACAAAUUACUCAGGCAUACUCCUGCCCGACAAUUUAGAUUGGCGACAAAAAAAUGUCGUUACCCGGGUCAAAAGUCAAGAAAGCUGUGGAGCUUGCUGGGCAUUUGCUGCUGUGGGAAACAUCGAGUCAAUGAACGCAAUAAAGAAUGGUCAAUUGUUAGAGUUUUCUGAGCAACAGCUUGUGGACUGCACCAGUGACAAAUUCGACUGUCGUCAUGGAGGCAGAGCUGACACGGGCAUCAUGAAAGUUAUUGAAGCAGGAGGAAUAAUGGGUGAAGAUGAUUACCCGUAUGAAAAUCAAAAAGGCCAGUGCAGAUUCCAAUCGAGUCAAGUGAAAGCAACAGUAACCAAUUGUUACGUAUUCAGUUUCCAAAACGAAGAUGAAAUCAAGCAAGCUUUAUUUGAAAACGGACCAAUUGCUAUGGCGCUAAACGGGGAAGGUUUAAAAAACUACCAAAAUGGAGUAUAUAAGCAAUGCUUCGGGGAUGUCGACCAUGCUGUUCUCCUAGUCGGUUACGGCGAAGAUCCAUCUGAUGGUCCAUACUGGUUAAUCAAGAACUCUUGGGGAGUAACAUUUGGAGAUCAAGGGUAUGCUAAGCUUUUGAGGAAUCAAAAUACAUGUAAUAUGAUGGGGGGAACUUUCUCGACCGCUGCAAUGUAAGGCUUUUAAAUGCUAAACACAUUGACACUUUGUAAACACGGUAUGUAUUAUGUAAUAUGUCAAUAAAUUGAUUGUCC